AGAUCGGAUCUGACCUUCGUUCAUCUCGGACUUUUUUUUCCUUUUAUCACUCUCUGUUGUCGGGAAACUUGUCAGGAACUCCCCCUCGGGACUCGGACCUCUCGGGACUCGGAACUCUCGGGACCCGGACCUCUCGGACGACUCGGACCUCUCGGGACUCGGAACUCUCGGGACCCGGACCUCUCGGGACUCGGACCUCUCGGGACUCGAUGCACUUCUCUCGGUCACCUCCUGCUUCCUCUUCUCCUAACGACCGAGCGGCUUCUCGAUGAGCGGCGGGAACGUGCCCGUGACGGAGCCGUCGUCUGUCUCUUCCGUCCGGCCGCCGGGCUGAGCAGCGAGCCGGAGCCCGCAGGGAGCUGCCUGGUCCCGGGCAUGGAGAGGAGCGGCGGCCGGGCGGGGAUCCAGCAGCCGCAGCAGGCGGCGGGUGGAGGAGCCGGAGGAGGUGGAGGAGCCGGCUGGGUGCUGGUGGAGGCCCUGCUGCAGGGCGGAGCGCCCUGGGGCUUCACCCUGCAGGGCGGCCUGGAGCACGGGGAGCCGCUCAUCAUCUCCAAGGUGGAGGAUGGCGGGAAGGCCGACGCUCUGGAGCAGCCCCUGCUGGUGGGAGAUGAGAUCAUCGUCAUCAACGACGUGGAGGUGACGGGAUACCGUCAGGAGGCCAUUGCUCUGGUGAAAGGCUCGUACAAGACGCUGCAGCUCACCGUCCGCAGGGAGUUCGAUCCAGGAUUUGUCAGAGAGUCUGGUGCUUCACCUCCCUCGCUCUCUGCUCCUCCUCCUCCUCCUCUUCUGUCUCCUCCAUCACCUCAACAACAACAACAACAACAACUACGAACAGCAGCGUCGUCGUCUCACCACGGCCGACCAUGUUCAGCAGGAGGCGUCCAACUACGCAUCAAGAACAGGCGCAGUGAGUCGGCGUCCCGUCCUCACUCGUGGCACUCGACGAAGCUCGGGGAAAGUCAGCGGCUGCCGGACCAGGACGCGAUGGACGCGAUGAGCAGCGCCUGGCACCACAGCUAUCACACCAGUGCGUCGACCACCAACCUGUCCGGUGGCUUUGACUCUGGCAGCAGCUACCUGAGGAAGAGUCCGGACCAGUACAGCUCUAGGGGCAGCAUGGAGAGCCUGGACCCUCCCCAGUCCUCCCAUCGUCACUCCGGAGCUCAGCACCACCACGCACUCGGCCACCACGCCCACGGUGGACCCCACCCUGCCUACUCGUCCUGCCACCAGCUGUCCUCUGCCAGGUCAUCCAACAGCAUUGACCACCUCCACAGCAAACGGGAUUCGGCCUAUUCCUCCUUUUCCACCAGUUCCAGUAUCCCGGAGUACCUCGCCUCCACCCCCUCCUUCAGCCCUGAGCGCUCCUAUUCGCUAGAGACCGUCCCUCAGAGAGGAGGGGGAAGUGCCGAGAUGCAGCAUGCCGACAUUCACUACAUCCGGACAGUUUACGACGACCAGCAGGGGCAAUCUCAGGAGCACGAGCUGAGUUCCACCUCUGCUGCGUUGCUACGCAACUGCGAUUCCAGAGGCGGGGGAGGGCCGCGGCCGGGCCUGAGCCGGGAUCUGCAAGGUUCACUGGUCGGGGUCUGUUACCGUGGUGGCAGCAGCAGCGGCAGCAGCAGCAGUAGCGGCAGCAGCAGCGGUGGCGCGCCGGCGUCUAACAGACACAGCGUGGGACCUAUAUGGGGCCCGGCGGCCGGCGGCAGCUCUUACGAGAGCCUGAAGGGGGCGCCAGCUCCACCGCGGCGCAGCGACAGCUACGCGGCCAUCAGGAACCACGAGAGACCAAACUCCUGGUCCAGUCUGGAGCAUGCCCGUUCACUACGGUCUCUGCAGAAAGGUUCCUGGCAUCACUCCAGUGGCCCGGUGGCCUCAGGUUCAGCUAAAGGCUCGUACGGCACAGAGGGUCAGCUCCACACGGUGAUAGAGAAGAGUCCGGAGAGCAGCCCCACCACAAAGCCUCGGCAGGGCGGAGGUUUCUCCCAGCCGCCAUCGCCUCCUGAAUCAUCCUCUGGAUCUGCGGGCCCCAACCCCCAGUCCGGCAGGCUCAUUCUGCCCACGGUUAUGUACCCCGUCCCCCAGCCUGAGCCCCACUACGCACAGAUGCCCACCUCCAACAUUGUGCCGGGCUCCUCGUCGGUCUACCCCGCCCUCGCCAAGGAGAGCAGCCGGCAGCAGCGCCUGGCGCUGCAGGGAAUCAGGGAUGAAGGAGUGACAGAGCGGCCAAAGGACGGAAAGAUGUCGGCUACAGAAAACGGACACCAAAAUAACAUUUCUUCUUCUUCUUCACCGUACCUGCACUCCUCGUAUUCACCACCUGCCUCUGCACAGCUCAGGACUCACGCACACGAGGCAGACAGGUCUCAGCAAGAAGAGUCGACCCAUGAACUGUACAAACCCCCACUGACAACAGCUGGUGGGCGAGCAGAGGGUCAGACAGGGGCCCAGAGGCCCCAAAACCAUCAGGACCCUCACAGCCAGGGCUUCCACGGGUCCUACACUCAGAAAGGCCAGGGACCCCACAGUCAAGUGUUCCAAGAACAGAACCCCGGUUUCGUUAUUCCCCACAUCCAGUCGACACCUGGAUCCAGGCCCCCAUCCUCACACGAGGGGAGGGACCCCUACACGCAUGUCCAGUCCAGGGGAGACCGCAGCAGAUCAGUGGAGCAGACCAGCGUCCAUCCUGACGCCGUGGUGUUGUCCAUGCCUGCACAGGGACAGGUGCCACCGACCCACUCACCUGUUCACCUUCAGCCUCAGGCUCCACCCACCUCUGCCUCCCACACCUCUCCCCGUCACCACAGUGACUCGGCUGCUUUGCACUGGGACCACAGAGAGCUGGACAGAGACAGAGAACACCCGCUGACCCGGCUGGAGAUCGCCCUCGCCGAGGUCCAGCGAGGCACCAGCUCUGACGGUGUCGUGUUCCCCGGUAGCCAUGGCGACAACAGCUUUGACGAGGGCGGCCAUGGGGGGCCUGUCCGUAGCCUCUCUGUCCUGGAGAAAGUCAGUCGCUUUGAGCGCCGGGAACGUGCCGGAAAGCAGCGUAGCCACAGCACAAGCAAUGCACACAACAAAGUCAGCCAUCUACGGGCAACGGAGAAAGGCGGCAGCGCCCCCUGUGGAGCAGAUGACCUGAGGAACAUGCUGGAGAGAAGCACCGACGGGACCAAAGCCCACAGAACUCUAAGUUACAGAGGAAGUAGCAGCGACCACAUGAGAUACAGGACACAGGCAGAUCCCAGUUCAGCCCUCCAGAGGAGUCGAAGUAGCUUCCAGCUGGACGAAUCCAGUGAGGGACACCUCCCCCGGAGACAGGACAUCCAGGAGGCGCUGAGCACCAACAGAUCUUACAGAGACUCUUUGAAAGAUGUCAUGUCUAAGGUCCUGCGGUCCACCUCCUUCCGACGGAGAGACCUCAGCACCUCAAGCAGCCCUCCACCCGUGUCCUCCUCCAGCAGCCAUCAGCCUCCACCCGUUCCUGCCAAGUACCACUCCCUGGAGAAAAAAGGCCCGAAAACCAUGCCCAAGCCACAGGGCAUCAUCAUCGCGCCGCAGUCGCCACCUCCUCCGCCGCUGGUCACUUCCCCGCACACCCCGAAGGAGCGGCACGUGGUCAGCCCGGAGAUUCGUGGAGCGAGCCCCCCGGCUCUUCCCAACGUCCCGCCAGUCGGACCUCCCGCUCUGUUACGCAUCUGUGGUCGCAAGCGUCUGUUGGCAGACCAGAAGAAGCGCUCUUACUCGGAGCCGGAGAACAUGAACGAGGUUGGGGUUUUGGAUACUGAGACUGUCGCCCUCUUCAGGCGCGGAGGAGAAACCAGCGUGGCUGACCGCCGGAAGAUGUUUGAACGUGCAGCGAGUCACGGCGGGGGCGGGUCUCCUCAGAACGCGGCGGCAAGGCCCGACCUGCGGCAGCUUCAGCACGACGCUCUCGCCGAGUACAUAGAGAGGAAGAGAGGCGUGAGGAGGGAUGGGGGAGGAGAACAGAGGAGUGGACCGAGGCCUCGCAGUGCUAAUGUACAUGCUGAGGGCAACCAUACGGUCUCCUGCAGUUUCUCAGAAACCUUCAGCCUCUCCUCCGCCUCCAGCUUGCUCUCCCUCCAGGACUCCGUCCCGGAGCGAAGCCUUUCUGGAGAGAGGCGUCCCUGCUCCACCCUUCCCCCUGUAAUAGACCUGCGUAACCACCAGUCCAACCUCUUCUACCCGGGCAGGGUGACGUCUCCAAGGCCUCCAGCGCUCCCACCGCACAGUGCUCCUCCUGACUCCCCUCCUGAGCCCCAGACCAAGAUCCUCCAGGAUCUCGCCCCUGACGCAUGCGUGGGCAGACGGAGUCAGUCUGUGGGCAGAGACCCAGGGACCCCGGGCCACCGGCGGCAGGCCGAAGAGCCUCAACUCAGCCUGGGACUGUCCAGGCAGCUCAACGGGGCUCUGCAGAGGGCCGGGUCGAAUCGGAGCUCCGGGAAGUCGGCGUCCGCCGAGGAUCUCCUAGAGCGAUCCGAGCAGAGACGACCGACUCCGCAACACUCCCGCUCCCGCUCCUCCUCGACCGUGGAGACGGUCAACCAGGACGUCCCAGCGGCUGAUGUCAGGAUGUUCGGUGGGUUCAUGUCUGAACCUGAACGCUUCGCUCCUCCUGCGGACAGAGUUGCAGACGUCCAUGAAUCCGGGGGCCUCGUCUGUCCUCAAACGCCCCACAACGGUGUGAACACCAUCCCGCCUGCAGGACCAUCUCAAGACCCCGGCUCCCCCUCCUCCUCCUCCUCCUCCUCCUCCUACACGCCCGUCACUCGUAGGGAGCGACAGAGGAACGGCGAGCGCCAACGGGUCCUCAGCACCUCAAGCUUGGCGGCCUCCGUCGGCCUGCCCUGCCCCUUCUCCCCUCCUGGGUCUCAGGACGGAGGAGGUGGCACCGAGUGGCAACCUAGCGAGAGGCUGAGCCCUCAGGCCAACCUGGAUGCCAUCACCUUCCCGGGCGUCCGGCAAACCAGCACGGGCGAUGGCGAUGGUGCGAAGGGAGCUUGGCUUGACGAAAUCCUGGUGACAGACAGACAGACGAGGCGCAGUUUGAGUGACGGCUGCAGAUUGGAGGACACUGAGAAGGACGAGUACAGAGGCCGAGCCCACAGUCUGGAGACGAGAGGAGGCCACGCUUCAGAAAACACCAAACGUGUUUCACCAGUGUUGCUGCCACCACCACUGUCUCAUUCCCAGCUCGCAAUCCCACCAAACAGCGAGGACAGCGGGAACACCGGGUCGUCUCCCUCCCCGUCCUCCUAUCCGUCCUUCCGCCACCUGUCCUCGCUGCGGAUCUCGGAGUCCAGGCUCCUCAGCUCCACUGACUUGCAGCAACCGUUAGAUGCCUCCACGGGCCGAUCGCAGGACGACUUUGACGAGGUCUUCCUCCAGAACCCUGCCCCUCUGUCACCUUCUCUACCAAUCAGAGAAACAAGCAUCGUGGACGACUUCCCUCCUCCUCCUCCUCCCAUUGAGUGGGAGCAAGAAGCUGGACACCAGUCAGUGGAGAGUCCCAGUUCAGAAUCCUUAAUCAACUCCAGCAUUCCCACCAGAAGGUCCUCCCUUCCCUCCCCUCCACUGUCCCCGUCUUCCCCCUCUGCCCUACCUCCACCUGUGCUCUCGACCAUCACCUCCGUCAACAUGCACAUCACGACCGAGGACAGUCUCGGCCUGGAGUACCAGCCCCUGCCCAAGAGGGAAAAGACACAAGAGGAGCAGCUAGUGGAGGUUCUGUCCCGCCAGCUGGUGUUGCAGGACAGCUCUCUGGCGCCCCUCCUGGACACGUGGGGAGCUAAAUCCACCGUUGACCUUAUGAAGGAGAUCUUUCCAAACGGCAGAAUAAUUGAUAAAUCCCAAUGGCAGCGCCGGAGCAGUAGCCAGUUGGAGGACAGGAUCCAAGAUGGAAUCCACAGUUCUGCUCCAGAGACCAGUGUGGACGAGGAGGAGAAAGACCUCAACACCAGAAAGGUGGAGCUGUGCGAGGCGCUGCGGAGCAGCGUGGAGGCUCUGCGGCGGGAGAAGGAGGCGCUGAGCGAGGAGCAGCGGCGCCACCAGGCGCUGGGGGCGGGCGUCGACGCUCUGGUGCAGGAACAUCUGAAGGCCAACGAGCGGGACAAGUACAACGUGUUCAUUGGAGACCUGGAGAGAAUCGUCAACCUGCUGCUGUCGCUGUGCAGCCGCCUGUCGAGGAUCGAACGCUCGCUGCUCGCUCUGGAGAGGGAGGGGCAGGGGGACGGGGCGGGGGAGGAGGAGAGGGAAUCCCUCCAUCGCAAACGCUUGCUGCUCCUGCGUCAGACCGAAGACGCCUGGGAGCUGAAGGAGAACCUGGACCGGCGGCAGCGGGUGGUCGGCGCCAUCCUGUCCGGCGGCCACCUCACGGAGGCGCAGCUGCUGGACUACCGGCGCUUCGUCAGCACCAAACCGUCGCUGCUGAUCCGCCGCCGGCACCUUGACGACCUGGAGCGGCAGGCGGAGGAGCAGCUGGCCCGGCUGCUCGAGAGCCUGCCGGCCGAGCUGGCGGAGGCUCGCGGCUGGUCGAGGGCCUCGCCCUUCUCACUGCCCUGCUCAUUUCCGCCUCUGCUUCCGCAGUCGGCGAUCCCGGGCGCCGCCCUCUCGGUCAGGUCCACCACCGUGACGUCACUGUGAUGUCACGGCCGACGACGCCACUGCUGCAGGUGGCAGUGAAGGACGGACGGGAAGUGACGAAGAGACGAUUUGCUCCCUAAAACAAACUCUGAGCUCGAGUGAAGCUCUGAACUGGAGGAGGAGGAGGAGGAGGAGGAGUCUGGACCAGACUGUUCACACUGAAACUACUAUGCAGGAUUCAUGAAGAAGAAGAAGAAGAAACUUUAAUGUGCCUCAUUGUUAAUCUACUCGUGUCACACGUCGACUCAAACUAACUAACUGCUGUCAAUGUUUCUCUGAGAGGUGAUUUUUCAUCUUUUUUAAGGAGUUUUCGAGUCGCAACAUCCCGAGAGAGUUCCAGACGUGAUGUCAUCGUGACACUUGAUGUGUUUUCAGAUUCUACAGCUGCAGACGUGACUUCAGAUCCUUUCGCCUGAUCAGUCAGAAACAAGUGCGGAGGAAGUCGAGCGUAAAGACUCAACACUCAAAUUCAAUUGAGCCAUAAUAAAUGUGCCUGAUUUUUUUCAUCCACAUUUAUGAAAUAUUCCUCACAAUGAUGCAAAAAAGUUAUUUCAAAACUUCCUGGAUCCGCCCCUUUGUCCGGAUUCGCACCGACAUGAUCUGGGUUCCAUCUGGACCCGUCCUUCCACCAAGUUUCAUGGAAAACUGUUUGUUGAAAAGUCCCAGUCGCACUGAACGUGUCCUGACGGUGCUUUCAGGGAACCUCAAACAUUCCCACGUUGCUCCAGCGACUCUUCUUCCUUCUGGAGACUCAAAGCGACGUCGUCUCGAUCACCAUCAGCUGGUCAACUCACCAAUACAAGUGAAAACGCCAAAAUUUAAAAGAGGAACAAAGAACCGUGUUUGCACAGAAGUCGAAGGCGAAACUGUUCCGACAAAAACUGUUCUGCUCACUUCAACACUUCCCGCCUGCGUGUCCGCAGCUCGUAGCACUUUUAACAGUUUGACGACACUGAUCCUUGAGAGUUUCUCCGCUUCAAAAGUUUCCUGCGAUCAAACUUUUCAACGUCCACUGAAAAGUUAAAUUUCAUAAUUCCUCAAUUUCAGAUUUGAAGCUUAGUUUGGUCCAAAAAACUGACAGAAGUUAUUUUCUGUCCCUGUUGUUACGAUCACCUUCAAAAUGACCAAAAGUAAAUAUAUUUAAUUUAUGAUGAAAUCAUCAUGAAACAGAGGAUGAGGAUCAAUCUCUGAAUUUGAAAACGUCGAGUAUUUGAAUCCGUAGAUAACGAAACAAAGAAUCAAUCAAUGAAACGACUGUUGAUCACUUCAUUGAUCAAAAUUCAACAGACUCAUUACAAACACUAACGUAACUUGAAUGAUUCUUCAUUAAUCUGAAGGUUUUAAUUCCGUCAGCGUAACGUGGCGUUUGAAACGCGACAACACUUUUUUUUUAAAGAUGCACUUCUCUGUGACGUCAGGGGCCGGAAAGAAACAGAUGCUGCAGAUUUUUGUUAUUUUUGAAGUAUAACUCACACAUUAUUAUCAACCACAUAUUUCAAAUUCACAGGCUUUGUCGUACUGUUUUUUUUAUCCGAGAUAACCCUGAUGACAUCACCAUGACAUCAUCAGCCCGUGAUGAGAUGAUGUGCGACUUUAAAAGAAGUGUCCCCGUGGAUUAUUAAUUGCUGGAAUUAGGGUUAAUAUUUUUGUCUGCGAUCGUGAAAACACUAAUAAUUUUUUUUUAAUUUAAUUUUAUUGGCACAACCAUGAAGUAUUUAUUCAUACCGUAAAUCACAAAAGUCAGAAAAGGCGAAAAAUAAAUAUGAAAAGUAAAAAAAAAAAAAAAGCGACAUUCAACAAUCAUGAACAGUAAAAAAUAUUCAAAUAGUAAUAAAUGUAAAAAAUGAAUGUUGCUCCGCUGUCUUUUCUCUGUUGAAUCACAUUCAUGAAAUAUUUCUCGUCAUUUUUUCUUUCUUCUCUUUAAUUUUCCCGUCAUGUUUCACCGUCACUCGAUCGAUCGCCGUUGUUUCCUCAGUUUCCUUCUCCCUCCUGUGGACCAACGAUGAAACAUCAGGUUUAUUUUUUCCAAAUGGCCUCAAGAGAAUCUGUGUCACACGGUCGAUAUUUAUUGUGUGAUGAUGAAGGAGCACAUUUUAAAAAUAUUCUCUGAACAUUACAGCACACGAUCUGCCUUCUGCCUCGUCACUGAACAAUGUUUUUACUGUCGAUCGUUUCUUUGUUGGUUUGUUUUUUUUUCAGCGGCUCAACUCUGAGUUUCUCAGACGUUUCUUGGUUUUUAUCGUUGAAUGAAAUUCAAAGUUUGCUUUUCGAAAGACGGGCGAAUGGAAAACUGCUCCUGGUUUGUUUGUUUUUUGGAAAAUAAAUGUAUUUUGUAAAAUG